AGUAUAAAAGUGUGUUUAACCUAGCAUAGUCUUAUAAAGAACCAAUUCUUCACAGCAAUGGGUUCACCUACACUCAUCUCGGCCUGUAUCCUGUUUGUAUCCUGCUAUGUAUCCUGCAGCAAUGGAGAAUGGGUUCCUCUACAGGAUGCUGCUGAAGUACAUAAUGUAGUUAAACGAGAUGCUGAAGAAUGUUGUUAUGGACACCGUGGAAAGAGAGAUGCUGAUGCUGAUGCUCAUAGAAGUGGUUAUGGAUAUGGACAUGGAUAUGGAUAUGGACAUGGACAUGGAUAUGGUUCUGGAUAUGGUGGAUCCCAUGGAAGCUAUGGAUAUCCCAGUAAUAGCUAUGUACAUGGAUAUCAAAACAGUCAUGGUUAUGCCAAUAAUCAUGGAUAUGGCGGCGGCCAUGGAAUCCGUGGAAAGAGGGAUGCUGAUGCUGAUGCUGAUGCUCAUAGAAGUGGAUAUGGAUAUGGAUAUGGACAUGGAUAUGGCUCUGUAUAUAGUGGAUCCCAUGAAAGCUAUGGAUAUCCCGGUUAUAGUUAUGGACAUGGAUAUCAAAGCGGUCAUGGAUAUUCCAAUAAUCGAGGAUAUGGCGGCGGCCAUGGAAUCCGUGGAAAGAGGGAUGCUGAUGCCAAUGCUGAUGCUGAUGCUGAUGCCGAGGCUAACGCUUUUGCCUCUGCUGAAGCUGAUGCGUCUGCUGAUGCUGAUGCCUCUGCCUCUGCUGAUGCUCAUAGGUCCUAUGGUCAGGGAUAUGCUGGACAUUAUGGAGGAUACAACGGAUACUAUAGUGGAAGCUAUGGAUAUCCUAGUUAUAGCCAAGGACAUGGAUAUUACAACAGCAACAACUAUGGAUAUGGAUAUGGAGGUUAUCGUGGAAAGAGGGAUGCUGAUCCCCAUAGGUCAUAUGGAGGAUAUCAUGGAUACAAUGGAUACAGCAACGGUUACAGGGGAUACAACAAUGGAUACAAUGGAUACAACAACGGUUACAGGGGAUACAACAAUGGAUACAAUGGAUAUUACAACAGUGGAUACAACAGUGGUAGAUAUUCACAUGGAUAUCAUCAUUAAUUAAAAUCUUUAUGAUAUCGAUAGUAAUUACUAUAAAAAUCUUCAAUGCCCAGAUUUAUCAAGAAUUAAAUAGUAAAUGUUAUGAAAGUAUAGUUAAUACUUUAUAAUGACUGUUAGUAAAUAUUAUAACCGAAUAAAUUCUUUCCCGUACCCAUAUA